AAAUAUAUCUUUAGAUUGGCUUAAGAUUUAACUACUACGUUACAAGAAUGGUUCGCCUUGGCGCUGGUGUUACGCAAACAAAUGCUUUAGCUGAUUCUUGUACUUAUAUCGAAAAUACUUUACAAGUUCUGUAUUUGAACUUAAAACCAGAAUUAUUUUACAUCGUUUUGAGGCACAUGUGGAUAAUUGUUGUUAUAUAUUUGUCUGAAUCCUUGGCUGGUCUUCAGGGAUCUUGUUUAUUUUUAUUUGGAAAUACGAAGGGGAUUUAUUUAUUAAUCUAUCAAGCAUUAGGACAACUUCAGUCAAUAUUUCAUUGUGAUGGACGUGGACUAUCCAAUAUGGAAUUAAUAAACGAAAUAUAUCUGAACAUGAAAUUAAAAAUUGAAAGUAAAUUGGAAAUAAAGGAACGUUGAUAGAAACGCAAGAUGAUCUAAUACCUGUUUUAUGUGGGACAAAUAUGUACAUAUCUGAACUGUAAAAAAUUAGUUAUAAGCAUCUUCAAAGAAUGUUCUUCAAAAUUUUUGUCCAAGAAUACAUGUUUUUGCAUUUCUUUCAAGCAAUGUAAAUUAGUAAGAAAUAAAUAUUUCAACAAAAUUAUAUUUGUUUUUGGUGUCAAUUU